AUGUUCAAAAAGAAGAAGGACGAAGACAGGAAGCCCAUCGAACAAGAGAUCGCCGAGCUGCAGCGCAAGUUCCGGGUUCUCGAGAAUGACAAGCGCGCUUGCAGCGAGGACUCGCAAGGCACGAUCCGCAAGCAGCGGGCCACCAUCGAGAAGCUCACCAGGGAGAACCGGAAGAUGAAGGCGCAUGCGCUGUAA